UCGUAUAAAUAGCCAGAUUACAAAGUUAGCGGAAUUGGAACAUAAUUGAGGCAAAAUAGGACUUUUAUUACUUUCAAAUAAAACGUUAUGAUGUUUUAGGUAAGUGACGAAUGGCAGAUGUUAUGGAGCGGGCCGACGGCCAUGGACUCGUACAUUAAAGAGUUCGGUAUCAGAGCCCGCGCCGCACUCGCGCGGCUUGACACUGUACAACCUGCAGAUUAUAUGCCUACAGAAGUGGACCUGCGGUCGUUCGUGCGGCCGGCGCGCGUGGUGUGGGCGCUGCGGGCGCACUGCGCCGCGCGGGCCCACUGCCACCUACACGCACUCACUCUCUGCGUCAAAUGGGACUGGAGUGAAGGUGAAAGCACUCAAGGUGGUAUAGUAGUCCGCGGCGUGAGGCUGUCCGGCGCGCAGUGGUCGGGCGGCGCGCUGGUGCCGAGCGCGCCCACUGCGCCGCCGCACGACGUCGCGCCGCCGCUACUGCUGCGAUACGUGCUGCAGGAAUCGGACAACGAGUUAGUUUGGGAGCGCAGCGUAGAAGUGCCGGUGUACAACAACGAGGCGCGCGAGGCGAUAGUGUUCAGUGCACGCGCGCCGCUCACGCAGCACUACGACCCUGACCUCGCCACGCUACAUGCUAUCGCACUGUUCAUUGCCACUAAUGAUUAGAAUAUUUUACAGAAUCAGUUAAUAUUAGACAAAACGUACAUGUCAUAAAAAUAUGGGCUUGUAUAAGGCUUGGUAAGGCACUUUGCACCUUAAACCUCUCUAGGAGAAGUUACAGAAAUAGAUAAUUUUACUAGUCUAUUAGCACAGUAUUUUUUCUUCACUUCCUUUAUUUAUUUAUUCGUAAAAGUAAUCUCUAAGGUUGCAUUGUGUGCGUUACCCAGGUCAGAUGUUGUCGAAAAUGGUUAUUUGAUUCUUAUAGAUAAUUAGUUUUGCGGCUU